AUGCAGGAUAACUGGCAUGAAAUGCGCACCCCCCUAUACACCAGUUUCCUCGUUCUGACGAAGGUGUCUGAGAAGGUGAAUCGCGCUGGACUUUCGAAAGUUAUGCAAACGUUCGGCUCUCAUGAGAACUAUACUCACAUGGUACGUCAGUUCAUCGAUGGGAUGAUGGCGCGCGCCACAGACGACGAGCUUGUCUCCAAAGCAUUUGCUGUCACCAACGGAGUGAAGCGGGGUUGUGUCCUCGUACCCAUCCUUCUGAGUAUCAUGUUCUCUUCCAUGCUAAUGGAUGCCUACCGCGAUGAGUGUCCCGGGAUCCACAUCAACUUCAGAACGGACGGAGUUUAUGACCUGCUGUUCGCAGACGACUGCGCUCUCAAGACCACAACCGAAGCGGACAUGCAAAGAAGUAUGGACCUAUUUGCCGCAGGUUGCGCCAACUUUGCUCUAACCAUCAACACGGGCAAGAAGGUGGUCAUCUGCCGACCUACCCCGGGUGCCGACCACAACGCUCAAUGCAUCAACGUCAAUGGCUCCGAGCUCAAGAACGAGGGCAACCACAUCUUUCUCGGCAGCACUUUAUCCCGCAUAAUCCGAAUCAAGGACAAGAUGAUUCGACGGAUCUCCAAAGCCAGCCGAGCCAUCGGCCGGCUGUCAGUCUCCGAAUGGAAUUCUCACGGUCUUCAUCUGCCUACAAAAAUGAAGGUAAACAAGGCCGUCGUGCUCACAACACUCUCGUACGUAGGGGAGGCUUGGACCGUCUAA